AUGGCGUACCACCUACAGAUCAAGCGGGGCAUUCGAAAACACAUAGCUUGUGCGGGUUAUCGAAAACGCCAUAAAAAACACUCUCCAAAUACAGGCGUUUUCAAGUUGAAUCUUAAGAACUUGAAGAAAGCUUUCUCACUCAAGGCAAUACCAAAGGCACCAGAAAGAGGAGAUACAGAAACUGCGGAGGUUAGGACAAGAGAAAGUGACAGUUCAUCUGCUUCUUCUACAGGAGUUUCCACGUCAGAGAUAAAUGCUGUUGGUCAGGGCCUUUUUGUCAGCCUUGCUGGACGUUCUGGUUCACAAUCUUUCCGAAUGCCAGGAGCGUCUGAAUUUGUGCGAGGAGACACUGAGGUACAGGCACCAAGAACACGAGGAACAGGGGGAAGUGGUAAGCAUUUACUGAGCCAAUUAACUUGCCUCUUGAUAGUACAGUCAACCCUGCUUUAG